AUGGCCCCAACCCAGGUGCAAGUCUCCAACUCGCCGGUGUAUGUUACGGGACGACGUCUGGGCAAGGGCGGAUUCGGGCAGGUGGCCUUGAAGUUCGAGCAUAAGACCAGCAAAGGAUGCGCCCCCAAUGGUGCCCCCUUUGAAUGGGGUGUCUACAACGCCAUUGGCCCCACAUAUGGAGUGCCGCACAUCCACUUCAAGGGUCUGCAGAACAACUUCUACAUCAUGAUCAUGGACCUGCUGGGCUCUAGCCUGUGGGACGUUUGGAACCAGGAGGGGCAGCAGCUCAGCGCCCAGUUUGUGGCCUGCGUGGCUGUGGAGGCCAUCACCAUCCUGGAGGCCCUCCACCAGAAAGGCUUUGUGCACGGCGACGUGAAGCCAGAGAACUUCCUGAUGGGCCCGCCCGGCACACCCGAGUCCAACCGGCUGUACCUAGUGGACUUUGGGCUGGCGCAGCGCUGGCGCGACCCCAAGACGCGCACCCACGUCAAGUACGACCAGCGCCCCGACGACUUCCGCGGCACCAUCCGGUACGCCAGCGUGCACGCGCACCUGGGCCGCACGCCCAGCCGGCGCGACGACCUCGAGUCCCUGGCCUACACCCUGCUCUUCCUGCUCAACGGCCGCCUGCCCUGGCAAGGGUUCCAGGGCGAGAACAAGGGCUUCCUGGUGGCCAAGAAGAAGAUGGCCACCAGCGCCGAGGCGCUGUGCAGGUACAAGCCAGAGCCCUUCAAGAUCUUCACCGAGUCGGUGAUGAACCUGAAGUUUGACGAGGAGCCAAUGUACGCGGCCCUGAUCAGCCUGUUCGAGCCGCUGCUGGGGUCGCCCUCGGCCGCCCGCCCCAUCCAGGUGGAGAACGCAGUGCGCGUGGGGCAGAAGCGUGGGCGGGAGCAGAUGGAGGAGUUCCGGGACGACGCGGUGCGGCGCAAGAAGGUGCGCCUCGGCUACCCCGCCAGCCAGUGGAUCAGCGUGUACAACAAGCACGCGCCGAUGAAGCAGCGGUACCACUACAACGUCUCCAACCACCGCCUGGAUGUGCACGUGGCCAAGGGCUACGCCGACGGCCUCUACAUCUCCUGCGUCUGCGCCGCGGGCGAGCUGUGGGCCAUCAUCAUGGACGCGGGGACCGGAUUUGGGGACCAGGUCUACCGCGUGGCCCCCGCCGCCUUCCUGCCCAAGGACUGGAUCAUGGAGCAGUGGGACCGCGGAUACUACAUCACCGCCAUCGCCGGGUCCAGCAGCCUCAGCUCCCUGGUGGUCAUGAGCAAGGGCACCAAGUUCACACAGCAGUCGUACAAGAUCUCCGACUCCUUCCCCUUUGAGUGGAUCAAGAAGAAGUGGAGGGAGGCUUUCCACGUCACCGCCAUGGCCACCUCCGGCUCCCAGUGGGCGGUGGUCAUGUCGCGCGGCGCCGGCUUCAUGGACCAGGUGGUGGAGCUGGACUUCCAGUACCCCUCGGAGGGCGUGCACCGGCGCUGGGACCUGGGCUACCGCAUCACCGCCGGCGCGGCCACCGCCGACCAGGCCGCCUUUGUGCUCUCCGUCCCGCGCCGCGUCAUCCCCGACGAGACGCAGGAGACGCUGCGCACCUCCACCUUCCCUUCAGAGCACGUCAAGGAAAAGUGGGCGAAAGACCUCUACAUCGCGGGCAUCGCCUACGGCAGGACGGUCACGUGA